CAAAAAGUCUUCUGUGAAAUUUGGCUUUUGGGAGACAUGACUUAUAAAUUAGAAAGUAAACUUCCCCGCUGAAGAUAAACCCCCUCUAGAAGCAUGGGGGAGUUGCCCCUCUAGAGGUCUCUGUCCCGCUGCGUUUGACUCCGUGUCUCUGCUGCAGCGGGUCCUCCGCUCCGGCAGGCGGCGCUGUGCUGCGGGCCGCUCGGAGAAGCGCAGUGUAGGGGUUUUGUUCUCGCAGCUCCUCGGUGCGCUGUCCACUUCAGCACCACAAGUCGAGCGGAGGCAGCGGGCUAGCUAACGCUGAAGAGGAGGCACCGAAGAUAGGGCUCAGCAUCAGCACCAGCCCCGAGCCGAGUCCCAGAUAUACAACACACCGAAAAAUAAAACCGAUAUCCGCCAGAAACGCCGACAGCGACGAGGCAGAAGCACGCAGAAAAGAGUUCAGCAAUCAUGUAUGAUGCAGCAAGGGUACCAUCUCCAAAGGAUGGUGCAAAUGGGGUGGCUCAACCUGAGGUCCCUGCAGCAGGAGCAGGAACAGCUGUAGGAUCAGGAGGGCUGACACCAACUACAGCGCCGCAAACUAAAACCGAGGAUGGACAGCCAGGGACGGAAGAGGAGGGGCAGCCCAAAGCAGAGCCAGUCAUGGUGAAGAAACCACACAGAGAGAUCUUGGAUCAUGAGAGGAAGAGGAGAGUGGAGCUCAAAUGUAUGGAGCUCCAGGAGAUGAUGGAGGAGCAGGGGUACACAGAGGAAGAAAUUCGACAAAAAGUGAGCACAUUCAGACAAAUGCUGAUGGACAAAGAGGGCGUUAUCACCAGAGAGAGCUCACACACACAACCAGUGGUCAACCACCUCCACCAUCAGCCUGAUGAGUAUGAAGAGGACCCUGAAGUAGUCGGUUAUGAAGAUGGAGGCUAUGACCAUGACUACCACAGUGACAACAGAGUGAAGAGGAAAUCAAGCAGCUCUCCAUCCCCUCGUCCAAAGAAGAGGAAGAAGAAGAAAUCUGGUCGCCGAAGGAGUCGGUUUGGCAGCUCCUCACCUACUCGCAGAGAGAAGAAGAAAAAGAGUGGGAAGAAACACAAGCGAGACAGAUCUGCAUCUGGCUCCAGGAAAAAGAGAAGAUACAGGUCGGGCAGUCCAAAGAACAAACACAAAGACAAGAACAAACAGAAAAAGAGGUCCCCUGGAGAGACCCCCAGCAGGAGUUCACAGCAUCAAGGCAGCUGCUGCAGCUCUCGAAGCGCCUCCCUGUCCUCCACUCGGAGCACCUCCAAAUCUCCUACCAGGCUGAACAAGCACAAGACAGAUGGACAGAAGGCGUCCGGCACCUCGCUGUCUCCGGGCCCCAACAGUCCCACAUCGUGGCACAACGGCGACCACAUCCAGCGGAGCCGCAACGGCAAGGCCGGCAGACUCAACCAAGCCGAGGGCGAAAAAGGGAACGAUCUCCGUCUGCUGACUGCUAGCUCUGCAAGCAUCCAGUCCACUCUGCUGAGAGAGCACAAGCUACACAGCGCCCCCAGCAGGAGCCAAGCAGGACAGAUGUGUGCAGCAGGAGAGACUGGGAGUGUGGACAGCAGGAACACAGCUGUAGGGAGCUCAGCCACCCAGACGUCAGGGAGGAGAGGGGGCCAGAGAGGCCAGAAAAAGAGCUCCCACUCCCCUGCUCGCAGCAGCGACUCGGCCCACUCCCAGCACAACCACACCCACAGAGGGAGAAACUCUCGUCACCAGAGAAAGACAAAAGGCGGCCACUCUUCCAAGCGUCACCACCGCUCUACUCGGGCUCAGGCACACCAGCGAAGCCAGUCAGCAUCUCCAGGACGUCACUCCCACACAUCAGGCAGGAAGACUGAGGAGUCUCGGAACAAAGCCAACCUCCGGCAGCGUAGCAGCUCCUUCAGCAGCGGGCACUCAUCUUCACGCUCGGCCUCCAGAGACAGAGGCCCCAGCAAGGCCAAGUCCCCACACAGCAGACAGAACAACUCCAGAGAGAGGGACAGUCCUAACCGCUCUGACACUGACAGCCGAGCUCGCCGCCGCUCACGCAGCUACUCACCCAUCCGCAAAAGACGAAGAGAUUCACCCAGCUUCAUGGAGGCUCGCCGGAUCACCAGUGCUCGGAAGAGGCCCAUCCCUUACUACCGGCCCAGUCCUUCGUCGUCCAGCUACGACAGCAGCCCGUCACGGUCCAGCCGCAGCCGUAGUCGUAGCUACAGCAGCUACAGCCGCAGCCGGAGCCACAGCCGGAGUCACAGCAGGAGCCGAAGCCGGAGCUGGAGCCGAAGCCGCAGCCAGAGUCGGAGCUGGAGCCACAGCAGGAGCCGAUCCCGAAGCCACCACAGCUACUACAGCAACAGCAGCUAUGACAGCCCCGGCUUCUGAACACAACGGACAGCACAGGAGAGCCAACAAAAGCAAGGAGAGGAGCAGUGCUGUUGAAUUUACAACACUCCAGUUCAGUCAUUAUGUAUCUUUAACAAGCUAUCAACAGUGGCCGCACUGCUAUACAGUCCAGGGUCCACACUCCUCCAGUCUGGACCGAUAAGUCUUUUAACACAGACCCUGGAUCAAAGAGAAGAAAUGUAUUUUGAUAUAGCACAUUACUAUGAAAUUGGUUCAUGUCUUCACAUAUACAAGGUAGUCAAGGAAAUGGUUUCCACAUGUCAAAUAUUAAUUGGCUGAGCCCAAAGAACAAAUCUCGCUGUAUCUUAGCACUUUCUUUCUCAUCUUCCACAAAGCAACCAAAAAUGAAUUCAUUAACAACUAUAUACUAAAUAAAUAUAUAUGGAAAUAAAUAUGCUAAAAAGAGGGCCUGAGUAGGAGAUGUAAAGAAGGGAGACACAUCAGAGGAAAACAGCUUACUGUACAUUUCAGAGAAUCAGACUUUUUUGUUCCACUUGUCAUGUAUUCAUCCCCCCAAAGACUUCUAUUUUAUCGAAGCACAGUGAUCAACAAACGAGAGAACAAAAGAGAAGUCAGCGAAUGAAUCAGGAAGCAAAAAAGAUGAGCUUUUUUAAUGAUACAAACUGUAUUGUAUAGGUUGGUCUGUAUAGAUGUAAACUCUCUUGUGUUCUGGCUUUGUAAACUAUGCACUGUAUAUUCCAUUUAGUUUGAGGAGGCUUGGUUAGCAUGAUGCAUCAGGGGAGACUCGCUGCUCGAAGGAAAUGGAAAGUGUCAGGGUGCAUCUGUGGGCCCCUCUGACUUUCUUACAGUAUGUCAGACAGCUGUAUAGAGCUGGAAGGGUGGUGGGUGGGUUGGGGGAGGGACUGUAUGUGUUAUGUACUUUUACUCUUUUCCCUGUUUAAAUACUCAUGUUCAUUUAGCUAAUCAUGUGUAUGUGAGAGUGUGUGUGCGUGCGUAUUUACCUCCUCUGCAAGGAUCAGUGAAGUCAUUAUUUAUGUGUACUGCACUGUAGCCAUCACCUGCGGCUGCUGUUUGGUACUGUACAGGUAAACUAUCUGCAAAAAGUCUCCAUGCACAUGUGUGUUGACCUCAGCUAUUUAUGAAUUUACUGUAUUUAUUUGUUUAUUUAUUGGGUUAUUUAUUUUUUAGUUUAUUUAGCAUUUUCGCUGUAAAGCAGUUGGAUCAUGCUUUGAAGAUGAGGUUGCUGCAGAUAAAAAAAAACAAAACAUACUGUAUCUGUCCAUGUUUUACUCAAAUAUGGCUUGUUGUGGCGAAGGCUUAUUACCAUGAUCAGAUUAGUGAGCGGUGUCUAAAAUCACUGCUGUGUGUUUAAGAUGCUCUGAUUUUACCCAGUAGAACUGAGUGUUCACCCACACUUAUUCCCAUGACUGUCAUUAUGCAUCCACAGCUGAUUGUAAUGGUUAAUUUUAAGGCAGGCCACUGUGGCUGUUCCUGUAUUGAGGAUUGAGGAAUCAGCCUGGAGCAGAACAUCUCCUUGCGUGGGGAGGAGAGCCCAUCAUUCUGGUCUGCACACUGGAUACUUUACUCCCUUGUGUAGUGGGCCGUGGUUACCAGCUGGUUACCAGCUUCAAGACAGUAUGUGUGACAGCAGCAGAUCUGUCUGCAGCUUCAGUAGGAUGGCGAACAAACUGGCGAUACAAUCAGGGAUCAUGCCUAAGUCUUCCUUACCAUUUAUCCAAUCUCAUGGCACUCACACACUGCUGCAGUCCCAGUGUAACCAGACUCAACCUAACUAUGAUACUCUGUAAAUCAUUUAUUCCAAGUAUAGCAUUGCCCCUUUAGUUCAAAUCAUUCUUUGUAUUGUACAACUUAUUAUACCUGACAAUAAACCGAAACAAAAGGGGAAAUGAUCAAA